ACGGGUAAAAGAAGCCAGACGACAACAAGAAGCACACGCGACAUCACAGACAGCGGGAAGCUUGUCUCAUUGUGAUAAAAGAUUGACUGAAGCUCUACCAUGCCUGUGGCCUCCACCAGGACAGAGCCUGUGCCCCAGGUGUUGGACGCAAUGAGCGACAGCACCAACAGCUCCACCACGGCCAAUGACCUGGACCUCAUCUACCUCAAAGGCAUCAUGGAGAGCCCUCUGGAGCAAGAGGAGAGCCUGAAGGAGCCACGUCCGUCACCAGUGAGGGAGAACAAUGUGGAGCUCCUGCAGGAGAUCCUCAGAGACCUGGACCCCUUCACACAUCACUCUGACACUGCAGCUGAGCUCACCCGCAUUCUCACACAGCCACACUUCCAGUCUCUACUGGAGACUCAUGAUUCAGUGGCGUCCCAGGCAUGUGAUAGCCCACCUCCCAGCCCAUGUGAUUUUGUGGAUCAUGAGCAGGAGGACAGCCACACAAACAACCUGCACCUGCCACCUGAUGCAAUUCGCAUGGUGGGCAUACGCAAAGUGGCGGGGGAGCACCUGGGUGUGACGUUCAAGGUGGAGGGUGGUGAGCUGAUAAUAGCCCGCAUCCUCCAUGGAGGGAUGAUCGAUCAGCAAGGACUGCUGCAUGUUGGAGAUAUCAUCAAAGAGGUGAAUGGACGAGAGGUGGGCCAGGAUGCCAGGGUGCUACAGGAGGAGCUGCAAGCAGCCAGUGGAAGUGUAGUUUUGAAGAUACUGCCCAGCUACCAUGAAGCCAUACCACCAAGACAGGUGUUCUUUAAGUGUCACUAUAGCUACGACCCAGCCAACGACAACCUGAUCCCCUGUAAGGAGGCAGGCUUAAGGUUUGAGACAGGAGACAUCCUGCAGAUAGUCAACCAGGAUGACAUCAACUGGUGGCAGGCCCGUCAUGUGGAAGGUGGUAGUGCAGGGCUGAUCCCCAGUCAGUUGCUGGAGGAGAAGAGAAAAGCAUUCGUCAAGAGAGAUGUGGAACUGGCGCCAGCAGGAAAUCUUUGUACUGGCGUUGGAGGGAAGAAGAAGAAGAAAAUGAUGUAUGUGACCACAAAAAAUGCAGAGUUUGACAGACAUGAGAUAUUGCUCUAUGAAGAGGUAGCCAAGGUUCCACCUUUCAAGAGGAAAACUCUGAUUUUGAUUGGUGCUCAAGGUGUGGGGCGGCGGAGACUGAAGAACAAGCUUCUACUGAGGGAUCCUUUACUCUUUGGCACCACCAUUCCAUACACCUCCAGAAAGCCCAAAAAAGAAGAUCGCGAGAAUCGAAUGUAUGCCUUCACCAGCCGCAGCAAGAUGGAGACUGACAUCAAGAACGGGCGCUACCUUGAACAUGGAGAGUACGAUGGCAACCUGUAUGGAAUCAAGAUCGACUCCAUACAUGAGGUGGUGGAGGCAGGACGCGUCUGCAUACUGGAUGCUAACCCUCAGUCUCUCAAGGUACUGAGGACCUCAGAGUUCUUGCCCUAUGUGGUGUUCCUUCAGUCUCCAGAGUUCGAGGUGCUCAAGGCCAUGAACCACUCAGCUGUAGAGGCAGGGGUGGUUCCUAAGACACUGACGGAUGAAGAGCUGCAAAGGACUUGCGAUGAGAGCACCAAAAUCCAGGCGGCCUACGAUCAUUACUUUGACCUCAGCAUAAUUAACGACAACCUGGACGAGACCUACCGCACCGUCAAGGCCGCCCUGGAAACGGUUUCUAAAAACCCCCAGUGGGUUCCUGUUACCUGGGUUUUCUAGAAAGAAUCUGUGGAGGGCAGAGGGGGGGGCUCAAAGGCACUAAAAAAUAUGCCACUGUGUAAAUAAUGGAAGUUCUUCUUUCAAUUUCCUAAAAUUUCCACAGACAUUGAAUGUGACCAUAGCAGUAGCUUAGCAUCAGAGACCUUUGUUCUUGCUAAAGCAGCUGUUUUGCAGAGAAGCUACAGGAUGUUGUCUUAACAGUGUGUGAAGAGGACACCCAUUAUUUGAACAGGAUCAUAUUUUACUGUGCAGGGAGGACAGGAAGGAGGGAAUAGAAAUUGUGUAAAAAUUAAAGUUGUGAAUGUCAGAAAUUCAAAAAUUUUACCUGGACACAUUAAGGACUAUUUGUGUGCGUGUGGGUGCGAGUGUGUAUGUGUGUCCCUGCAUGGAUUUUAGAGCAAAGACUUUUGUAUGUUUUUUAAAUGAUUUGUGCCAUUACUGAUGAUCAUCAGCAGACUGUCAUUGUUUACAUUUCAUCAUCGGAUAGACUGAUACACUCAAUCUCCAAGCUAUGAGGGCUAGUCAAAUUUAUUAGCAAAACCUGAUCUAUCCAUUAACUUACCAAACAUUUGACCUAAAAUGUUGAAAAUAAUGAUAAACACCCAUCAUGACUUAAAAGAGACCACACAGAUAUAAAACCGCCUGGCCGUCCAAAAAGGUCAAUUUACAAAAGCAUGAAAUGGAGAAAGAUCAGCGAUUUCUACAAUUGUCAUUUAUCGGUUUUAUUGAUGACUGAUGUUUUCAGCCUGAAGCAGAACUAAUCUAGCACACAUAAAUAAUCAUAAAACCAUCACAUGCAAUGCCUCUGGUUAAAGCACAAUAAUGCAGAAGCAACAGAUUCCUUCAUGUCAAAGAAGAUGAUACACUUUAUUAAUCCUAAGGGGAAAUUCCAUAUUUUUUCACUCUGUUGUCAUGUACAUGCAUUUGAGGCCUGUGUGCAUAUGACAACAGAGUGAAAACAUUGAAUUUCCCCUCAGGGAUUAAUAAAGCAUAAUCUUCUUCUCCUUCUUCUUCUUCUUCUUCUUCUCCUCCUUAAAUUUAAUUUUAAUAGAGAAUACUGUACUUGUCAAAGUAAGUGUGAUUGAGUGCCGCCAACGACAAGCAAACCUCACAGUCCAUCUGUUCUCUUUCUGUGUUCUCAGCGUAGGCUGCCUUUCUUAUCUUAUUCUUAUCUUUUACUUUAUUUUAUGUAGUUACACACACACUCAUUGGCACUCUAAGAAAACAAGCCGUUGUACAGGUAAUGAAAAGACAGAUAACCCUACAAUAUGCAAUAUAUAGAACUCAGUUGCCAUCUUGUAGUGAGAGAAAGAAAAAGCCACAUCUAGAAUCAUCUUGGGGUCCAAUGGAGAAUUGGUUGUAUGUAAGUUAUGUGAUCACGUCUAAAACCAGCCCACAGUGUAAGACCUAAAAACAUUAGCCAUAUUAGUGUGAAAGCCCACAGGGAAUCAUAAGCCUGCAAUAGGGCUGCGACAUAGACCCUUCAUUAUGCUGCCUUUGCUUUUUCUCACAGAAACAAACAUCAGCAGCAUCAUGCAACCCCAGUGUGUGAUUUUAGAUAGUAUGCCAGCAUUCCAGAAGCAAAAGAGGCGUGGCGUGUAACACAACAGUGUCUGUCUCUAGUGUGGCAUAUAACAUGCGUUGGGCAGGUCUUUCUAAAGCUCCUUCCUUACUGUUUUCCCAAUUUGCAGGCGUUUUUGGUUGCUAUUCUUCUUCCUUGAGUUAGCUGCAAGAUGCUGCUAGCUGCCUUUUAAAUCUCUCGGUGGUGGGUCGCACACUUAACAUGUAGUCAAAAUGGGACCCCCAUCCUGUCCUGCCAGCUGUCCCUCUUACACUGAUGUUGAUUUGGCGCUGUUACUACCUCUGCUGAUUGCUUAAAGGCAAGACAACUCUGUCCCCCCAUUAUGCAAACGAACCUUUUAUAUGGAAUGGUGAGGCAAAAUAAUGUUGUGACAUUCGCAGCUUGAACAGAUACUGUAAAAGGGGCUUUAGAGAGUUGUGACUGAUCAACACUAGCCCAGAUGGCUAAUGAGUUAGCGGUUAGCUCACCAGCAGUUCACCAGUUAGCCCUGGAGGUAUAGUCAAUAUGUCACCAAGCUUCUAGAGCCAAAUAUUUUGCAGAUUCAUUUUGCUGUACCCAUUUCUGGUGUGACCAGGCCAUAAUACGCAGAUGCUGCACCUCAUCAACAUCAUAAUAGGUUAAAAACUUCUUGAACAUAUGUAAAAGUGUAUAUCAUGAAAUAGAAAGUUUGCUCCUUAGGUAAUAGACUUCACAGUUUAUGUUAUUGGUGCUGGAACGGUUAGUCAGUUGCAUUCGGUAGGUUAUUGAGCAGCAAUCAAACAAUGUGUUGAAUCAAAACUAUCAGAUAUGGAACAAUUGAUGCUGAUGUAAUGUAGCAACUUAGAAGCUUAGAAUACCGAAACACACAAUCCCCCAGUGACCACCCCCCGUAUGUUUGAUAGAGGACACAUUAAAUAGUUUGAACCUCACUGACUUAUAAACACACUUACAGAAAACGUACAGAAGCCCUCUUUUAAUACAACAUUGUAUUUCAUAAGUAUGGUUCAUUCUGUUAAACACUCAUACUAUCAUUCCUAAUUAGCACUUUUUAUUUUCAAUUCACUGUUAGAAAUGAAACUUAUUGGUUGUAUUUAUGAACUAAGUUGUAAACAGUUUGUAGAUAGCAUGUAGAUAUAAUACAUAUAAUAGAUACUGAUUUAGUAGGUAUGAGAUUCUUGCCUAGUAUUUACAGUAUGUGACACUUUAGUGAUAACUUAAAGAAUGUCAUCAGUAAAAACAUGUAUACAGUUGCCUACGAGUGAACAACACAACAAAAAAGUGGCAGAAACCCCACAAACCUGAAGCACUCCAAAAUAAAAGUAUGAAAAUAUGAGGAAAAUUUAAAUUUCAACAAAUUUGUGGCAAUUUUUAUUUUCUUAAGCUUUUUAAAUGUGUUGUGCACUCUUGGACCCCUGUACAUGCAACACUGUACAUGGUGCCAACUGCAGAGAGCAGCUUGUUUGUACUAAGAUCUUAUAUUGUGGCAGCUACUGUACUGAAUACUUUUGAUGCACAAUGAAUUGUUUAGCAAUGAAUGAGAAAAAUAGAUGUUGAAUACAAAUACUGACAAUUGAGCGAUCCUCAAAUGAAAUUGAGCAAUUUUCAGACGUAUCAAGGAGGCAUUUUUAGUGGCUCAUUGUUUGUAAAAUGACAUUUAUAUUAAUGCUCUAGUUUUUCAAAAGUGGCUUAAAAACAGCAGAUAUUUGCCUGGCAGCUAUAUUUGGAUCUCUUGAGUGUUUGCUAUUAAGAUACAUGACAUUUGUCACUCUCUCGAGGACAUUCCAAAACCUCACUGUGUCCUUUUCUAUGAAAUCUCACAAAUGCAAUAAAAUCAUUUUUGUCACUGUAUCUUUACUUAAUGAUGUACACUUAAGUACAACUGUAACUCUAAAGUAAUAUGGGUUUACCAAUUUUUAUGCAGUUUCUAAAAAACAUGGCUCAAUGACAAUUCUCUGUUUGAAUCAAUGACAUAUAAAGUGGCUCUAAGUAUAAGUUUACUGUACAUUUGUAAACUCUAUACAGUAUGUACUAAAAAAAUACUUUUAAAGGGUUUCAUUUUUAAAAUCCUACAUAACAAGAGCAAACAGUUUGAGAUAAAAGUAAAAGUACCUUAAAGGGAUACUCCAGUGAUGUAAUAUUUUACUUCCAUAAAGUCAGGGAAAUCACAAGAGACAUAAACAAAACAGAAAGGUUAAAACUGAAGCAGCAGAGGCGGAGAUAUCCUGUUUUUAUUAUGGGUCAAGCUCCCAAACUCCUGAAUCCUACAUUUCCCAUAAGGCAACUCUGCAGCAUCUCUCCAUUUAAUUGUCUUGCCUGGUAAAUGUUUGUGACUUUCAAACUCUACUCCCAGAAUUUGUAACUAAAUUGGCCAUUAUACCUUUUUUUAAUCCUGAAGACAUCACUAUGACAUCCUCUGCAUUAUUCUCAUUGGUUUCAGAAAAAUCCCCUUACAGAAGAAAAAUACAGGGCAAGUAAUGCUGCCCAUGGUCUUCAUGUGUAAAAUCAGUGGAGUGCGCCUUUAAACUCAAUAGUCUUUUUCAAAUAAAAUCCUUGAACAAAAUCUCUACACUCACACAUGGCUCUAAAAAUGGAUAGUGAGUCAAGCUUGAACCUUGUAAUUUUGUUGUAGGACUGAUGAAUGUUCAUGCUUCUGUCUAUACUGAAUAAAGUAUUGAUUCUAAGUGAUUAUUGGGUCUGUGCUGUUUUUCUGUAGACAGAGAAUUAUUUUUCUCAUUGUGUUUACAAUUUUCAUAAGACACUCGAUUAGGAAUGUCCAAAUACCAGAAAUUUAGUAGUCGAUACCAAUACCAAUAUAUUUACAAUAUAUUUUAAAAAAGCAAAAUCAAAAGUCUAUCAAAAUAGAGUUUAUUUAUCAUAAGAAAUUCCAGAGGGAGGAUCCCUGAGAACCC